UAAGCGCGCCCGCCGUAAUGAUGAGGGCUCUCUGAGACUGAUUGAUUUCAAAACUUGACGGGUUUCGAGUUUCACAGGUUGCACUGCAUUACAGGAGCUGACUGUGGAGUUGCUGCGUGCGUGUGUUUGGACAGAGAUGAACCCUGAGGUGGAUUACGGAGGCUCCGGCAGCAGCGGGAACGGAAAGCUGCGCCAGUGGCUCAUUGAGCAGGUGGACUGCGGCAAAUAUCCCGGUCUGGUGUGGGAGAACGACGAGAAGAGCAUCUUCAGGAUACCGUGGAAACACGCCGGGAAACAGGACUACAACCGCGAUGAGGAUGCCGCGCUUUUCAAGGCCUGGGCGCUGUUUAAAGGCAAGUUUCGGGAGGGGAUUGACAAACCAGAUCCACCGACCUGGAAGACUCGCCUCCGCUGCGCCCUCAACAAGAGCAAUGACUUUGAGGAGCUUGUGGAGAGAAGCCAGCUGGACAUCUCAGACCCGUACAAAGUGUACCGCAUCAUCCCCGAGGGUGCCAAGAAAAGACCUCGACAGGAGGACAGCCCUCUGAGUCCAAUGAGCUAUCAGGUGCACUCCCCCUAUCCUGCCCUGCAGACCCAGAUGCCACAGUACAUGCCCACACUAGAUUGUAAUUGGAGAGAUUACUGUCAGGACCAGGCCUCCCUGCCCGAGCUGCCCUUCACUCAGUGUCCCUGUCCCCCUCGCAGCCUGCCAUGGCAGGGCCCAUCCAUGGAGAAUGGAUACCAGCUCAGAGCCUCCAUUUACUCGUAUGGUCCUGCUGACAGCCAGCCCUCGCCUUUCACACUGGACGCCAGCAUCAGAUCAGCGGAGGCGCUCUCAGACUUCCGCCUGCAUGUGUCUGUAUAUUUCGGGGACACUCUGGUGAGGGAGGUGACAACCUCCAGUCCAGAGGGGUGCCACAUUACUCCCUGCUCCCCAGAGGAGAAGCACUAUCUGCCGCCCGGGGGUCCCGAGGUGGUCCCCCUGCCUGUGGAUGGUCUCUCAGCCCAGAGGAGGGCAGAGGAGUGUCCCCCGAGCCCAACAUCCACCCUGGAGAGGGGAGUGUUACUGUGGAUGGGUCCUGACGGACUCUACGCUCGGAGGCUGUGUCAGGGCAGAGUGUACUGGCAGGGAGGACUGUCCCAGUAUGGAGACAAGCCCAACAAACUGGAGAGAGAGGUCCCCUGUAAACUCCUUCAUACGCAGGACUUCCUGACAGAGAUCCAGAGUUAUGGCCUCCAUGGUCGGCCGCUGCCUCGUUUCCAGGUCCUGCUGAGUUUUGGAGACGAGUGUCUGGACCCGCAGAGACAAAGGCGGACACUUACAGUCCAGGUGGAGCCGCUGUUUGCCACUCAGCUCCUGUACUACGCCCAGCAGAGGGGCGGCCACUGCUACCGCAGCUACGAGCACCUGGGAGUCAUGGACCACAUAAACACCUCUGAGGACUACCAGAGGACCAUCACACAUCACCACAGCAGCAGCCUGCAAGAGUGAUCUUAAUAGGUUCAAGUGACUGUUGAAAACUUCAAGAUGCAGCAAUGACCUCUGACCCAGGAGACCAAGGAAUCUGUGAGACAAGAGGGCAAACGUGGGCAGUGUUAUACAUAGCUGAUGGACAUUUUGGUGAUUGUAACUGUUUGCCCUGACGGGUUCUGUUUGUGUUUGUCAAUGUGUGUGGCAGGGACAAAAGUUUCAGUGUAAAGAUUUUUUCCUUACUGUAUUUUUAUGGCACCAUGAAUAUAUUUCAUAUUGACUAUGCAAAGAAAACUGACAGCUUAGGUGAUUGUACUGUAAAAACUGUGUGGUGAAUUUUAGUUCCUUAGGGGGAUAGUUAGACAUUUUAGGAAAUACGCCUUUUCACUUUCUUGCUGAGAGCUAGGUGAGACAGUCGAUAUCAAUCUCAUGACAGUGAACAUGAAGCUGGAGCCAGGAGGCGGUUAGCUUAGCUUAGCACAAAGAUUGGAAACAGGGGAAACAGCUAGCCUGGCUCUGUCUUAUGUCUUACAGGUGCUGGGAGGCAGAUUUUUGACCUCUGGAAUUAGCCAGGCAAGCGGUUUGCAGUUUUCAUGCUAAGCUAAGCUAAGCUAAUCAUCUUUUGCCAGUAUCUUUAUAGUUGCAGUACAUCCGUGAAUUGUAUGGAUUUUCUCAUUUAACUCUUUUUCUAAAUAAUAUUUUGUUGCCAGACACUAUCACCUCCAUUUUGUAAAUUAUGAAUGAAGUCUUGUGCCCCGCUGUGUUUGUGUGAGAAACUCUCAGGGAUUUUAAAUAAGCUUUUAUAACUUAGUUUUGCAUCGAAUAUUUUAAUUACAAGAUGUAUUUUUUAAAUGUAUGUGUCAUACAAAUCAAAUCUGAGAAAGACCUGGAGUGAAAGUUUUGAGCUUGUUUGCCUUGAAGGUGCACAUUUCUGUAAAAAAAAACAAAACAAUAAAUGGCUUAAGUGCAA